AGGUGCACGGGGGCGGGCCGCCGGCAGUGUCCGUUGCAGAGGUCCAGUGCGCGCGCCAUCGUGUGCCGGCAGUGCCGACUCGGAGCGUCCGUUAGUACCCCCAAAGACUGGUCGCGAUGCGGCGGCUCGCUCUGCUUGCCGUGGUGUCGGCGGCGCUCGCGCUGCCAGUGCAGGAUGUGCCCACCGUCUUCAAGGCGAAGGAGGACCCAAAAGCCCUUUGCUACACGACUGGGCCGGUAGCCGGCGAUCCCUGCACCUACUGCAAGUGCUUCUCCCCUGGAAAUUGCAUCCCGGUGACCGCCGAGUGCGACUGGGACAAGAACGCGGCGGAGCACACGGCCAACGGCUGCGAGGCCGUCUACAAGCCGGGCAUCUGCUGUCCCACCGUGAAGUGCCCCGACAGCGCAGCCGCCGAACCCGCAGGCCAGGGUGCCGAGGCUGCUGCUGCUGGGUAUGAACAAACAGCAGCAGAGCCGAAAACUCCUGUCGAUGUCGCCACUCCUGAGGCUGAAGGUGCAGCAACCGAGACGGAGGCAUCCGCGGAAGGUGUUUCCGCCGACGCGGGUGUUUCGACUGAAGCCGCAGCUGCUGAAGCGGAGGUUCCGAAUGAAACCGUAACCACUGAGGCGGAGACUCCCGCAGGUUCUGCCGCAUACGAACCGCAGACUCCUGCUGAGCCAGCUGCUGUUGAGGUGGACAUCCCAGCUGAAGCUGUAGUUGAUGAGGUGACUCUUGGCGAGCCCGUUAUCGUAGAGGAACAGGUUCCGGUUGUGCCUGUAGUAGUGGAGGAAACUCCCGCCGAGACUGUCGUAGUGGAAGAAACUCCCGCCGAAACUGUGGUAGUGGAAGAAACUCCUACCAAAACUGUGGUAGUGGAAGAAACCCCAGCCGAAACCGUGAUUGUGGAGGAAACUCCCUCCGAAACUGUGGUAGUGGAAGAAACUCCUGCCAAAACUGUGGUAGUGGAAGAAACUCCAGCUGAAGCUGUGGUAGUGGAGGAAACUCCCGCUGGGACUCUGGUAGUUGAGGAAACUCCCGGCGAGACUGUGGUAGUGGAAGAAACUCCAACCGAGACUGUGGUAGUGGAAGAAACUCCAGCCGAGACUGUGAUCGUGGAAGAAACCCCAGCUGAAGCUGUGGUUGUUGAGGAAACUCCCGCCGAGGCUGUGGUUGUGGAGGAAACUCCUGCCGAGGCCGUGGUGGUGGAAGAAGUUCCGGUGGAGCCUGUACUUGUGGAGGAAGUUGCGAUUCAACCAGUAAUUGAGGAAGAAACUGUAUAUGUGCCAGUGGCUGUCGAAGAGACUCCAACUGCAACUGUGGUUGUAGAAGAAGCUGUCCAAGAACCCGUACUUCUGGAAGAGGCUUCUGUUGUGUCUGAAAUUGUAGAGGCUCCCGUUGUUCCUGUCGUUAAGGAGCAAAUCGACGUCUUGGAGCCUAUUGUAGCUGAACCUGUGGUUAUUUCAGAAGCCACUUACCCUGAAACUACCGGCGAACCAGCGUCACCCGAGCCGGCUGAGACCCCAGUUGGGUCUGAGGCAUCAACACCAGAGGCUCCUUCUGAACCCAAGGGUGCUGAACCAGUAACUCCUACCAAGUCGGAGGCAAAGGAGCCAGAGCCGGAGACGAAGGAACCAGAAUCUCCUGAACCGGAAACGAAGGAACCAGAAUCCCCCGAGCCGGAAACAAAAGAACCAGAAGCUCCUGAGCCAGAAACAAAGGAGCCAGAAUAUCCUGAAUCGAAAUCAAAGAAGUCAAAGGAAUCGAAAUCACGUGAGCCGGAAACAAAGGAACCAGAAGCUCCUGAGCCGGAAACAAAAGAACCGGAAUCUCCUGAGCCAGAAUCUCCUGAGCCAGAAACGAAGGAGCCGGAAACGAAAGAGCCAGAACCAGUUGAACCGGAAGUGAAGGAUGUAAAGCAGCCGGAACCCUCUAAACGUAAAAACAAAAAGCUCCGCACGUCCUACGAACCAGCUCCAGAAUCCGCCAAUGGAUUUGGUGUUGCUGAGAACUAUUUCGUGUCCACCCUGGAAGGCAAGGACCCUGAUGCCAAGCCCGGCAUCGUGCUGCAGGGUACUUCUGCGCUUCAACUUGCUGAGGAGAUAUCGGAGCCGGAGGACCAGCUGCUUCAGGCCACAGUAACGCUGCAGCAGCUGCAGCUGGCCAAGGGCCCCGUCCUGGAGAGCAACUCGGCGGAGCAGCUGGCCGCCGAAAUCUCAAACCAGUUCCCCAAUGACGAGCUGAUCAAGGAAGUGAUCGCCGAGAUCACGGGUCCCGGCGCUGAGGCCAUUGGCGAUGUCAUCUCGGAGAUAAACGCCGCGCCGGCCGAGGAGGCCAUUCAGAAAGAGAUUUCUAGCGUGGACCCGCACCCGCAGCACACCCAGGAGGUGGUGCUCGAAAUGACGCCCGACCAGAUCCGCAAGGUGAUUGCCGCCCUGGCGCCCGAGGAGGGAGUCGUGACGCAGACCGAAGCCAUCGACGAGGUGCUCUCGGAGAUGGCGACAGAGACCGAGCCGGCCACCUCGGAGGCGCCCGUCACCACUGCUGAUCCUUACCAGGAGCAGGGUGAUGUGCACACAGAAAUUAUCACCAAGAAGGAGCCGAUCGUGAUCGCCAGCAAGGAGCCGCUGAUCGUCGUCAGCGACCAGCCGGUGAUCGUCGUCAACGAGGACCCUGUGCUCAGCAACGACAUCUACAGCGAUGUCCCGUUCGCCGAGGAGAAGGCGGCGCUGACGCCCUCCGACGAGCUGCUGCCGGCCGCCGCCGCCGUCGAGGAGACCGUCUUCCUGGACACGGUGCCCGAGCCUGUGCCCGAGGGCUCCGGCGAGUUGGCGGCGGAGGCGCCCGUCGCCGAGGUGGAGGGAAGUGGGUACCUGGUGUGAGCUGACACGGCCUGCUGAGAGACGAGCAGCCACCAGCGUCACUCACCGAGCUGCAGCUCACUGGCAGCAUUCAACAGGCUGAAAGGCGCCUUGGGUCAUCAGCUUUUGCUUAUUUCUUGUGGUCUGCCGGGCUGUUUUAAAGCAUAUUGAUGGCUUGGUCCUCGGGAAAGUGAAAGCUGUUUGCGGUUGUUUCGGUAAUGUCGGAGAUUAAGUGCCUUGUGAUAUUGUUAUGUCCAUAUAGGUUUAUUUCUUCGCUUCUAGCUCACGAUCAAAUACAAGGGAACUGGCUUAAAAUGAUAUUCUUAUCUUACAAUGUGCACAUACUUUAGCAUAUAUCUACCUACUGUUUAGGUUUUCAUCUUUCGCUUAAGUAGGUACACAAAAAUGAGUAGUUUUUUCUGGGUGUGAUAUACCUAUAGGUCAAGAGUGAUGAUGUGACUUGUCAAUUCGUUUGUGAAUAAUAUAUUGACUACUAAAACGGAAAUA